AGAUAAGUGGAUCUCAAUUCCCAAGUACAUGUGGCAGGCAGUCGUUAGAUUUUCUCAAAUCUCAAAAACUAUUCUACUUCAUCACUCUAACUCCAUAAUUGCAAUCAAACACUGAUUCAACUUCACCUCAUUAUCAUCAAUGGCUUCCUCUUCUUCUUCUUCUCUCAGACUAAACAAUCUUUUAUUAUCUUCUUCUCCUACUCUCAAAUUCAAACCAUCUUUAUCCUCAUCAUCUUUUUCUCUCCUUUCAUCUCCAUCAAAACUCCCUCUUAUUAGAACCUCACACUGGCAUUCCUUCCCUGUUAAAGCCGCCUCCCCUUCUUCCACUGCCAUUGCUGAGCCUGAAGGCAUCAAGAUUAAUUCCGUGCCUACUAAGCCGAUCGAGGGCCAAAAGACUGGAACCAGUGGUCUACGAAAGAAGGUUAAAGUUUUCAAAGAAGAGAAUUACCUCGCAAAUUGGAUCCAGGCAUUGUUUAAUUCAUUGCCACCGGAGGACUACAAGAAUGGGCUUUUGGUAUUAGGAGGAGAUGGUCGCUAUUUUAACAAGGAAGCUUCACAGAUUAUAAUCAAAAUUGCUGCGGGGAAUGGUGUUGGCAAAAUUCUGGUUGGCAAGGAUGGCAUUAUGUCAACACCAGCUGUUUCUGCUGUAAUCAGGAAGCAGAAGGCCAAUGGUGGAUUUAUAAUGAGUGCAAGCCAUAAUCCUGGUGGGCCAGAAUAUGAUUGGGGUAUUAAGUUUAAUUACAGCAGUGGGCAGCCUGCUCCUGAAUCCAUAACUGACAAGAUCUAUGGGAAUACACUCUCUAUCUCUGAGAUUAAAAUGGCCGACAUUCCUGAUGUUGAUCUUUCUAGCCUCGGAGUUACACAAUACGGAAACUUCAGUGUUGAAGUAGUAGACCCAGUUUCUGACUAUUUGGAGCUUAUGGAGAAUGUUUUUGAUUUCCCACUCAUCAAAAGUCUUCUCACACGACCUGAUUUCAGGUUUAUAUUUGACGCCAUGCAUGCGGUUACUGGUGCUUAUGCAAAACCCAUAUUUGUAGACAAGUUGGGAGCUGGAUUGGAUUCAAUUUCAAAUGGGGUGCCUUUGGAGGAUUUUGGGCAUGGUCACCCUGACCCUAAUCUCACGUAUGCCAAAGAUUUGGUGAACAUUAUGUAUGGCGAGAAUGGACCUGAUUUUGGAGCAGCAAGUGACGGAGAUGGUGAUAGAAACAUGAUUCUAGGUAAGGGGUUUUUUGUUACUCCAUCAGACUCGGUUGCAAUUAUUGCAGCAAAUGCACAAGAAGCCAUUCCAUACUUUAAGAGUGGCCCUAAGGGUUUAGCCAGAUCCAUGCCAACAAGUGGUGCUCUUGAUUGUGUUGCUGAAAAAUUGAAGCUUCCUUUUUUUGAGGUCCCCACUGGAUGGAAAUUUUUUGGAAAUCUUAUGGAUGCUGGGAAGUUGUCAGUUUGUGGGGAAGAAAGUUUUGGUACAGGUUCUGAUCAUAUUCGUGAGAAGGAUGGCAUAUGGGCUGUACUGGCAUGGCUUUCAAUUAUUGCACAGCGAAACAAAGACAAAAAACCAGGGGAAAAAUUGUUAUCUGUUGCUGAUGUUGUGAAAGCACAUUGGGCAACAUAUGGGAGAAACUUCUUUUCAAGAUACGACUAUGAAGAAUGCCAAUCUGAAGGAGCCAAUAAAAUGGUAGAAUAUCUUCGAGAUUUGAUCUCUAAGAGCAAGGCAGGUGAUAAGUAUGGAAGUUACACCCUUCAAUUUGCAGAUGACUUCACAUACACUGAUCCUGUUGAUGGAAGUGUGGUCACAAAGCAAGGUGUCCGGUUUGUUUUCACCGAUGGAUCAAGGAUAAUAUUCCGUUUAUCAGGAACGGGUUCAGCUGGUGCAACUGUUAGAAUGUACAUUGAACAGUUUGAGCCUGAUGUCUCUAAACACGAAAUGGAUGCUCAAAUAGCCUUAAAACCAUUGAUAGAUCUGGCAUUGUCCGUAUCAAAGCUGAAGGACUUCACAGGAAGGGAGAAACCUACAGUCAUCACAUAAAGUUCCGAGUCUUUUUAAGUUAUGGUAAAAGGAAGGACGGGCUGUCAUCUUCCUGGGUUGAGCUAUCAUAAAUAUUCUCUCUUCAGUUUUGACAGUGCGGUAGGAAAUCUGGCAUUGCGGAACAAUAAAUAAAUCCAUGUAAUAAUCAAAUCAUCAAAUAUGUAGUAUAUAGCAAUAAAAUAUCCAUCUUUCACUGC